ACCCUGGUGCGCACCGGAGCAAAGGGGAGUAUCCUGGGGUGAAGAGGAGAGAGAGGGGAGAGUACUGUGAGGAGGCGAAAGGGAUAAAUAGCAGAGGAGAGGAGGAGAAGGGACACGGGCAGCUGCCGCCGGGGAUACCUGCACGCGCGCGCGCUAAGACACAGCGGGACUUUAAUCUCAUUUAGAUGACAGUCUGAGUGCUGCCGGUGACAGCGCACCCAUUGAGGAUAUUCCCCAUCCAACUUUUCUUCCUCCGGGCCGCUUUCCGCUCCUACCGGGACUCUGCUGCCGUGCCGCAAACCGGAUCGGGUGGUUCAUCUGUGAUGGGGGCAGCGGCUGACGUUGGGAGCUUCACCAACGUAUUCCUGGAGAGCUUCGGUCCCGCGGGCGCCGCUCCGGCCCCCAUUGGUUCUCAUUUGGUUCUCACGCCCGCCGGGGCGGUGGACUACAGCUCGGUGAGCGGACUCGUGAUGGGGGGACAGGGGCAGCAGCAGGAGCACCUCGUGUCCGCGGAGCGGCUGUCCCGGAGCCUGGCGGACUUCAGCCACCUGAAGGGGAUCCUGAGGCGGCGGCAGCUCUACUGCAGGACCGGCUUCCACCUGGAGAUCCAUCCCGAUGGCACGGUGCAGGGCACCAGGAAGGACCACAGCAGAUUCGGUAUUCUGGAGUUUAUCAGUCUGGCUGUAGGACUGGUCAGUAUCAGGGGGGUGGACAGUGGACUCUACCUGGCUAUGAACAGCAAGGGAGAGCUGUAUGGAUCGGAGAAACUGUCGGCAGAAUGUGUUUUCAGAGAGCAGUUUGAGGAAAACUGGUACAACACGUAUUCCUCCAACAUCUACCGGCACGGGGAAAAAGGUGCGUUCUACUUCGUCGCCUUGAACAAAGAUGGAACGUCUCGAGAUGGAACGAGGUCAAGGCGGCAUCAGAGGUUCACCCACUUCCUACCGAGGCCCGUAGACCCGGACCGAGUGCCAGAGCUGUACCGGGAUAUACUGGCCCAGAGCUGAGACCAGAGGUUCUGAGCCGGAACGCAAACCAAGCGCGCCUAAUUUCAGCCCUGUUUCCGAGGGAGAAAGAAGUGAACCCAAUCAUAUGCUCCUGUGCUGGAAUGGAGAACGAGCAGAGAGGCCAUGUAGAACAGGGAGUUUGACUGAACAGCACCAGGGAACCUCUGGAGGAGGUGAAAGCCCCCCAACAAAGACUACAUUGGAGCUGAAUAUUGCCCACAUACUGGCUUGUGCCGCGGCCUCGGUGGCCAAACACAUGAUUCAUGGAUUUUUCACUGAGUUCCCAUACAUUUAAUCCAACUACUAGUCCAAACUGCAUGUUCACGAGGACAGGAGUGGGGAAGUAAUAGUUGUGAUUAACAACUGGCUGCUAAUAGCAUUUUCCUGUUGUUGUGGGUGAGUCCUAAGAAAUCCGCUGUUUUCAGUAGAGCGAUUUAUUUAAUUCUAAACACUGCUGUGGCUGCUAAGUAAGCGUUUGAUCAAAAUGCAUCAUCUACUGCGCAGUGGCUGGUUUACACGAAACGGUAGUGUCGUGCACUGGAAAGCAGCCAUGUUUGUUCUGGAAACAAGAGCCACCGGAGCCCCCUGCGUCGGACCGACGGCACGGACGGAUUCUUUUGGACUCUGCUCUAAAGACAGAUGCUGCUCCAAUGAUGUUACUUUUCUACAAAGUGCAUGUGGAUUAUGAAAAACAGUCCAAUAGAGGUGUAUGAGGACUCCUUCUUUGCCGCCCGCUGUGUGUUCUGGUGGGACCCGUUUUAGAACCCUGUGAAGGAAUUCAGUUGUUCUCCCACUGACAACCGUGAAUGCGGAACCUGGCAGAGACACCUAUACAAACAUGCUGACAGAUUUUAUUUCUAUUUAUGAGCUUUUAUUUCCUGGGACAUACAGUAUAUUUAUUUCAUAUAUUAAUUUAUUUUGAGAAUCUAUUUUUACAGGUAUGAGAUAAAAUAAAAAAGAAUAUUCAGAGCAA